CAAUAGAUUGGAAUUGUUAAUUGCAAAAUAAUUAGCUACAACUAAUUGUUUGACAAUUAUUUCUAUUGAAAAUAUUUAACAUUUAAUCAACAGUUUAUUUUAGUUUAUACAAUAAAUAAAACCUCAAACAAAUGGGUGUUCAUGGUUUGUGGAGGUUGAUAGAACCUUCUGGGAAACCAGUGCCUUUAGAAUCCUUGGAGAAUCGUGUACUGGCAGUGGAUGUUUCCAUUUGGCUGCACCAAGCAAUCAAAGGUUUCCAAGAUGCCAAGGGGGCUGCAGUACCAAAUGCCCAUCUCCUUGGCAUCUACCACAGGGUUUGUAAACUGCUCUACUACAAAAUAAAACCUGUGUUUGUUUUUGAUGGUGGAGUUCCAGUUCUGAAGAAGCAAACUAUUGCUAAAAGAAAUCAACUGAAAGCCAAGCACUUAACAGAUGCCAGUCGGAUUCAAAAGCAACUCUUGGAUACAUUGCUAAAGCACUCUGCUGUGAAUAAAGUGCUUUCAGAGAAAACCAAAUCAACAUUGCCUGUUGUCAAAAGUGGGUCCAGUCAGAAGACAGAUGGAGAUAAUCUAUUUAAAUUACCGCCCGAAUUGGAUUCGACUAUUUCUUCUAGCGAUGAAGAUGAAUAUGCAAGCUCCUCAUUUACCUCAGAUUCCAGCCCUACCAAACAUUGGGAUUUGCAUAACAUCGAUGAAAAAUCCGCUGAAUUUAAAGCUUUACCGGCGGAUGUUCGGCACGAAAUCUUGACCGAUCUGAAGGAAACGCGUAAACAGAAUUCUUGGGGUCGAAUACACGAAUUGCCUACACAGAGUGAUGAAUUCUCUGGUUACCAAAUGAAGCGUUUAUUAAAAAGGUACUCGGUGCAGACGUCUCUGGAAGACGCGGAAAAGGAAAUGGGUGGACACACUUUAUCCCUCGGGGAAUUGGAAUCUCUUCUAAACGAUCACGGCGUUAUAACGCAAGAUUCUUUAGGAAAACGUAUAGCUUCUGACGAGAACACCCGAUAUUUGUAUAUUAAGGAUGUCAAGAAGGCACUGGAAACCGCGCGAUUGGAAGCUGUUAAGGAAGAAACUGAAUCAAAUGAUACAAAAAUCGAAGAGAUUAAACAAAAACCAGAAGAAUCGAAGGAUACAAAAAUCCAAGAAAUUACCAAAGAUGCCGUUAUAAUUAAUAGUGAAACACUCAAUGGCGAUGAUGAAGAAUUGGAGCAUGAUCAAGAAUUUCAGGAAGACAUGCAAAUGGCUAUAGCUUUAUCGCUUGAAGAGCAACCAUCGACUUCCAAAGUUGUGGCUGAACCUCGUGACAACACCAUACCAGUAACACAAUCUACAGCGUUUUCUGCUGCUAUUGGGUACAUGAAGGAAUACAGUGGAUUGACGCCUUCGGGAAUUAGUGAAAUUUUCAAUGGUAAUCUGAAGAGCAAAAAAGAUGAAACCAUUAAAGCUCCAAUAGCGAAAAUUGCCGAUGAUGAUGAUGAUCAAGUAAUCUUAUCGGAAGAUUCAGAAUCUGAAUCGGAAUUUAUAGAUGUUUCCGAUAACGAAAGCAAAGAAGAAAAAAUGGAAAUUGUUAUUGAUAAGAUCGAACAAUUGGAAGACGAUUUGUUCAGUGAUGUCUUUGAUAACGAAGAUAAAAAUAAAGAUAAAGCGGUUGAAAUAAUCGAGAACAAGGUUAUUUUGAACUCUGUCGAAGAUUCGGAAACGCAACGUGAAAUUGUUACUGUUAUUAGUGAUGAAUUCAAAAAGGAUGUUGAGAGUAAGGAUAUGAAAAUCGUUGAAGCAAAAGAUGUUGAAAUAGGGAAAACUGAAACACUGUUAGUUCAAAAAACUGAAGAAGUAACAGAAAAGCCAUCCAUUGAAAAAAUGCCACCAGUUGUGAAAUUAAGUAGCGAAGAUUUGCAGAAAAUGGAAAAGAAGUUGGCUAGUGAGAAGAAUAACUUGAUUAGUGAAAGGUCAAGCAAAGAGAGGUUGGCUGGAAAUAUCACAGAUCAAAUGUACCAAGAGGCACAAGAAUUGCUUCAAUUAUUUGGAAUACCUUACAUCAUUGCUCCAAUGGAAGCUGAAGCCCAAUGCGCUUUCCUCAAUGAGAUCAAUUUAACUGAUGGCACCAUAACAGACGAUAGCGAUAUUUGGUUGUUUGGUGGGAAGAUUGUCUACAAGAAUUUCUUCAAUCAAAGCAAACGGGUUAUGGAAUUUCGUUCCGAAAAUAUAGAACACCACUUUAAACUCAGCAGACAACAAAUGAUUCUGUUGGCUCUCCUCGUUGGAAGUGAUUACACCGUUGGAAUCUCAGGAAUCGGGCCUGUAACGGCGAUGGAAAUUUUGGCCGCUUUUCCACCAAUGCAAUUUUCGUAUCCACAGUUGAUAUCGGGUUUAAUCGAUUUCAAAACAUGGUUCAACAACGGAAAAGUUGCUGGACCAGCGAGAGCAGGUUUAAGAACUAAAUUGAAGAACGUGGAUUCUAUGGAUCACUUCCCGAAUCCAACGGUAAUAAAAGCGUAUUUGGAGCCGCAGGUGGAAACCAGCAAAGAUAAAUUUACUUGGGGAAAGCCGGACGCGAUUUCGUUGAUCGAAUAUGCCAAGCAAAAGUUCGGAUGGACCCGUAAGAAGAGCGAAGAAAUACUCUCGCCGGUUUUGAAGAGAUUGCAGGAAAACAAAUCGCAGAGCAGCAUCAAGGACUUCUUUCACACGAAGCACAAAUUGGAUGCGGACGUCUCUGAUAAGAUGAGUAAACGUAUCAAAAAGGCUGUUUCCAGAUUGGGUCGCGAGAAGACGGAUUUGGAUGAGGACGAGGAUGUGCAGAUCCUGAAGAAAACUCUGAAAGUUUCCCGAAGGAAACAGGAAAAAAUUGAAACCGAUAUUAAGAAGGAAUUGGAAGGUGCGAAACCGAAGAAAGAACCGGUAAAAAAGAAAGUGGAAAUCACGCAAAGGGCCAAGGACAGGGCGGAUUUGUUGAAGAACAAAAUGAAAGCCAUCGAAGUCUUUCGGAAAUCGAAACAGGGACCUGGUUUUGUUAAGAAACGUGCAAAAGUCGUGAGGAAACCCAAAGAUGAUGCUGAACUCUCCGAAAGCAGCAACAGUGAUUAAUGCACAA